UAGCUAGUUUUCUAAUGAAGUUAGCUGGACUCAGGCGGGCGGAGGAGGGGGUUGUUCGCGCCAAAGAACAGCGUGUUGCUCGUUCAUCUGUGGAUCGACACGGGACAUAUCUAACUGAGACAUACGAUCAUCAUUAUGCCUUCUGCAUGUGACUCCCUGAUCGAUGACAUUGAGGACAUGGUGUCAGCUGACGACCCGACUCCACAGGAGAGGCAGUAUGCCAGGAAGAGCAUCGUCCCCAGAGCCAGGAAGAGAAACACCCAGCAGACGACAGAGGUGCUGCAAGCAGACAGCGUGAUCCCAGGCAUGCAGAAGAUCUGGAUGAGGACGUGGGGCUGCUCCCACAACAACUCAGACGGGGAAUACAUGGCUGGACAGCUGGCAGCAAGUGGAUACAAGAUGACAGGUAGGAACCAGUGUGUGCUGUUCAAAUAG